AGACUCGAGCCAAUCGGGGUCGGCCGGCUCGCCAGUUACUUUUCGCGAUCCAUCGUGGCCGCUCUUCCGCGGCGCAGGUAGAUAGACGGGCGACAGUCAGUUAGUCAGUCGGUGAGACCGGAAGGAAGGAAGGGUGUAGGAGGAUCGGUGGGAUUUCAAGAGUGAACAGGAAAAGCUAAGGAAGGAAAGAAAACGCGGGGCGGGAGUGCAAAGGGGUGAGCGAAAGCGGUAACGCACAAAGAGAGCCAAAAGGAAGGCGGGAAGGUGAAAAAGAAAAAGCACGAGAAGUGCGGUGCGCGAGAGGAAGACAUAAAGAGAGAUAUCAAGAGCGGAGGAAAGGCGCGAAGAAAGCGACAGAGAAAGAGAGGAAAGGAAGAGAGAGAGAGAAAGCAGAGGGUGAGAGAGAUCACCUAGGUACUCUGGCCCCGUAGCCGGAGUCCGCAUUCACCGCACAAAAGCACAACUUGCGCACUGUUGCGUCGCGUUACCAAGCUACUGCGCGAGCAACCCGAACUGUGCCGUUCGGCCACCCCUGCCGAGCAGUCGAGUGCUUUCGUGCGGAGUGUUUACGUCGUCGCGCGGGUAAACAGCACACGUUGUCGCGUUGCAGCUCCCGUAACUCUGUGCCCCACGCGAGCGCUCCUACCCCUUUCUCUUUCGAUCAGCGUGGAUCAGCUGGACGCGCUUUUACGUUCGGUUCCUUGUUCUUGCAUCCUCCGAGUGGCGGGAUAUCCGGGCCUUCAUUUACUCACUCACUCACAGCGGAUGUGAGAGAACAGCAUUCGCGGAGCCGAGCGUGAUUGUCCAAUCGCCGACACCAUAGUCGAGUUAGCUGAAGCUACGUGCGUGCGUGCAUUCGUUCAUUUGUUCGUACGUGCGUGUGGUACGCAGGAAUAUCCGACUAGAACCGAUUGAAAGCUAAAUGUCUUCGGCUUAAACGUUCAUCCCCGUGAUAUAAUGCGAGCAGCACAUUGAUGUUCUCGCGUCAACUCGUGGCACUUUGCAGCGUCGUUUUCGCAUUCACGUCGCUUCGUCUCGAGGGUUGCUAGAGAUCUCGUGGACUUCCGGUGAACUCGAUCGCGUCGCGUGAGACAGAACACGCUGCUGGUGCGCGCGCUCGCGUGGAAUCGAAUCGCAGACAUCGGGAUCGCCGUGCACUCGGGGGAGUCACGCUAAAUCGACGGAGGGUAGCGCAGCAGGGAAAACGACGGCACUGUGACGGCCCGGCGGUGUGCGACGUGAUCUGUGCGACGAGAUACGUGACUGACUUGAAUCCCGUGCUCGUUUGCGUGUACGUAGUCCGUUGUGCUCCGAACGAAACUCUCACCGCGUUGCGAGUUGAAGCGCGCGCGAGCGGAAUCGGGACCGAACAGAAGAAACUAAGGGGUAAAAAGAGAAAGAGACUGACUCAGAGAAGCACAAAGACGCUCCAGGAACGACGUUGACCUCAUCGUCGUUUGCGCUGGAUGCCACUACGUCGUCGCGACGCGAAUAAGUACCGUACGCGCGCGGCCGUACGGUAGUUGUCAUUUGUGCCUGGCGUACGUUCGCGCGGCAAAGUGACUACCCCAAAGUGUGGCGGCGGUGACAGGAAGAAGGUACAGCCGCGCGACGUCAUCGUCAGCAUCAAUGACAGGCGCAGCCAAGGCAUCGAACUGAGGACGAUUCCUGAUCUAUCCAACGGAAACCACAAUAGCUCUGUCGAGUACGCGGACGGUAAUAAGCAGAUUCUGACCACUAGCCUGACGCAUCACUAUGCUGCAGUGAUGGACAGCGAGGGCACGUUAGGCCGUGGUCAUUCAAAUGGGGGCCGUGGGCUGCGCCGUCAGCGGUCCCUGGAAUGGAGAGAACGGCGCGGUUACGGUGCUGGUGCCCAAUCCAGCAGCGACGAUGAAGAUAAUGCACGCCAUGCGGUGGGGCCCGUCUCGAGUUCGUCCGGCACGAGAGGGGCCCGUAGUCCCGGCCAAGUCUUCGCCUCCAUCCUGGCGCAACAAUACGGCAAUGCGGGCGACAGAUCGUACCGUACGGGAUCCGACACGGAAGGCGCAGCAACCACGGACAACCCGACAACGCCAUUUCCUACGCCGCCCCCAACCUUGACACCGAAUCAUCGGCAGGCUUCUCCGUUUCCCCUCGAAAGCACAAACUCCCGUCGGCAUCAUUAUAACGGCAGCAUAUCUUCCGAGAGAUCUCGCAACGGCAAUGGUGAGACCGUUUACGCGGCGUCCGCAAAAAAGGCGACUUCCGGCGGCGGUACCUUAGGUCGAAGAACGCGCCGAGGUCACGCAAGCGCCUUGAGCAGUAGUUCCACCGCGAGCGACCGUUCCGAAACUGUCUUCCCUGAUGAGCACACUCGCAUACAUCUCACCAAUGGUCUGCCCAGGCCUAUUUACUUUGCAGAUACCGGUAGGGAUUCCCCGCCAGAACCCGCGCCGCCGGAAGUGCCGCCGCGUGGACCAUCUCUGCACGCAACGCACACCUUGCGCACGCAACAAAACCGAAACGGUUGCCCGCCGAACGCCGCAUCAGGAAAUUUCACUGUGCCAAGUGAUCAAAUGCCGAACGAGACGUAUUCGGAGUACUUGAUGUCAGGAAGUCCACGGAGUUAUCCGGCGCGUUCCCCGGGGGUCGCUUCCACGCCAACCGUGACCAGGCUUCCGCCACCGCAACAGCAAGUGACGGUGGGUUCUCUGGGCGGCGGUUUAGGUGGCGCCGGAAAUGGCGGUACCGCAACAGUAGGCGCGCAGGGCCAGGCGAUGGUGAUGCCGGGUUUUCCGCUUCGCGCCGCAGCGGUGCCGCACUACUCCCCGUACUCGCCGUCGCGCUUUCACAUCGACAAACGCUGUCAGCACAGGUGCUCCUGGAAAUGCUUCUCGAUCGCGCUGAUCCUCGUCACCGUGGCACUCAUGGCGAUGCUGGCGUACUUUGCGACAGUGAAUUCCAUGCGCCAGAUCGACAGUACUAAUUGCAUCCUGGUUCAAGAUAUCAAGGCUGUCACUCACGAAAAUGCACACGUACACGACUCGAUAUCCACGCAGAUACCCACAGAAGAAUCCCUGCCGACGAGCACGGCGGAGCAUUCCAGCGCCGCGGACAACACGGGCGAUCAGCAGAGCGAUCCGCAGAUUCAGCAGUCGGCGCAGCAAUGGCCGGCCGUGCUGGAGCUGCAGGCCUACAACGUCGCGCACUCCUCCGUGAUAGCGCCGUACAACUUCUGGAACACCGAAUUCCGCAACAAGCAACCGGCGUUCAUCAGGCUGAACCUCACCCUGCCGUGGGGUGCGAAUUUCGCCGUGUACGGCAGGCGGAACGUCGCGCCCAGCGUUACCCAGUACGACUUCGUCGAAUUCGUGAAGGGUGGCAGGGUGAUGCAGAGGCUGAAGCGGGAUGUGGCCACGGAGGCGGUCAGCUUCAUGAAGUCCAGCAAUGCGCAGGAGCACGUGGCAUCGUCGGUGGUGUCUUACCAGCAUGUACUCGUAAGACGGUCCGUUGUUGAGCCGCUGAUGGUCAAUGUGAGUCUGCUGCAGUAUUUCGACACCGGCGACUGGUUCCUGUCCGUGUACAACGACGAGCUGCAGCCCUACAAAGUCACUCUGAUCAUCACGGAGGCCGAAGGAGUCUCCACCACGUGUCCCAAUGACUGUUCCGGACGUGGAUCCUGCUACCUCGGCAAGUGCGACUGCAUCGAUGGUUAUCAGGGCGCCGACUGCAGCAAGAGCGUGUGCCCGGUCUUGUGUUCCUCUCAUGGACAAUACGGCGGCGGUAUGUGCCACUGCGAGGAGGGCUGGAAGGGCUCCGAAUGCGAUAUACCUUUAGGUGACUGCCAGGUUCCCGAUUGCAACCAGCAUGGCCAAUGCGACAGAGGAUCGUGUGUCUGCAAUCCUGGGUGGAAGGGUGUCUUCUGCGACGAACCGGACUGUUCCGACCCGAACUGCAGCGGCCACGGCGCCUGUGUCUCCGGCAAGUGCUACUGCAAGGCUGGCUGGCAGGGCGAGCGGUGCAACCAGGUCGAUCAGCAGGUGUAUCAGUGUCUGCCGGGCUGCUCCGACCAUGGCACGUACGACCUCGAGUCUGCGGCCUGCAUCUGCGAAGAGCACUGGACCGGGGUCGAUUGCUCGCAGCCGAGUUGCGGCCUGGAUUGUGGACCGCAUGGAUCCUGCGAGCAGGGUCGCUGCAAAUGUCACGACGACUGGACCGGCACGAAAUGCGAUCAGAAACCGUGCGAUUCGCGUUGCGCCGAACACGGCCAGUGCAAAAAUGGAACUUGCGUGUGCAGUCAGGGAUGGAAUGGAAGACAUUGCACAUUACCCGGAUGCGAGAAUGCGUGCAGUCGUCACGGAUUAUGCACGUUGCAAGAUGGCGAAUACAGUUGCGAAUGCUCGACAGGGUGGGCCGGCAGAGAUUGCAGUAUACAGCUUGAGAUGGAGUGCAAUGACUACGUUGAUAAUGACGAAGAUGGCAUGAUGGACUGCUCUGACAGCGAGUGCUGCACGCACGACGCUUGCUCAGAUCAUAUCAUGUGCCUUACUAGUAAUAAUCCCGUGGACGUUCUCCUCCGGAAACAACCGCCCAGCGUCACGGCGUCCUUCUAUCAGCGGGUGAAGUUUCUCGUCGAGGAGAACAGCGUACAGAGCUACGCCCACAUGGACGAGUACACGGAAAGUACGUUCUGGAGUUCCUUUACACCGCGUCGAGUUGCGGUGAUGCGAGGCCGAGUCGUUACCGAACAAGGACUCGGAAUAGUAGGCAUCAGAGUGUCCGUGGACAAAGAGGCACGCUUCGGAUUCACCUUGACCAGGACUGACGGAUGGUUCGACGUCCUUGUCAAUGGCGGAGGUGCCGUGACGCUUCAAUUCCAGCGUAGUCCCUUCAAGCCCCUCACGAGGACCGUCUUCGUACCCUGGAAUCAGAUCGUGGUCCUGCCGCCCAUCGUGAUGGUCCUCAGCAAGGAAGGUGAACCGUACAAAUCUAACCAGCCGCCGAGUCCGGCGAUGGGCUUCCCAGGGAUUUCAAUGGGACUCUUUAGCGAGCACGGCCCGUGCUUGGAGCACGAUCACGAGAUGCUACGGCCCAUCAUCGUCAGCACGUGGAUGCCGGAGAAAGUUGGCGGUUUGCCUGGAAAGAGCUUGGUCUUCUCUGAGAGCCAGAUCGUACAGGAAAGCAUCGCUAUUCCGGGUUCAAAUCUCCACUUGAUGUAUCAAAGCAGCCAGGCUGCAGGCUACCUCUCCACCGUGAGAAUGCAACUGACCGGACCGUUCAUCCCGAAAUCGCUGACGCACGUACACGUACACGUAGAGAUUGAGGGCUCGCUCCAUACAAAAACAUACGAGGCUGACCCAAAUCUGACGCACACGUUCGCCUGGAACAAGAGGAACGUUUACAAGCAGAAGGUGUACGGCGUGGCACAGGCGAGGAUUUCGAUCGGCUAUCAGCACUCUACUUGUCCGUCGGUGAUAUGGGAGACGCAAACGGCCAUUCUGCAGGGUUUCGAUGUCGACAUCUCCGAUAUCGGCGGCUGGGGACUUGACAUCCAUCAUCAUUACAAUUUCCACGAGGGGAUCCUGCAGAAAGGCGACGGCUCGACCCUCCACUUCAAACAGUACCCACGCACCGUGAAAGUGGUGAUGGGCACCGGCCUCCAGAGGAGUCUAGUGUGUCAGAAUUGCAACGAUCUCGCUAAGGAUUCCAGACUUUUGACACCAGUGGCCCUUACCAGUGGGCCCGACGGUAGCAUCUAUGUUGGCGAUUUCAACCUCGUGCGCAGGAUCACGCCUGAAGGAAACGUCUACACCGUCCUGAUUCUGAGCGCGACGCAAGUGGCAUAUCAAUACUACCUGUGCAUCUCGCCGGCUGAUGGACACUUGUACAUCAGCGACCCGGAGAAGCAUCAAAUAUUAAAGGCUCUCUCGCUGGAGCAGGUACAAGAUCCCAGUAUCAAUAUCGAACCCGUGGUCGGUAGUGGCGAGAGAUGUAUUCCUGGUGAUGAAGGACAUUGCGGCGACGAGGGUCCAGCCAUCCACGCGAAAUUGGCUCAUCCCAAAGGGAUCGCGAUCGCGGCCGACAAAACAAUGUAUAUCGCCGAUGGAACCAACAUUCGUGCGGUUGAUCCUCGCGGUAUCAUACACACGCUCGUGGGACAUCAUGGUCAUCACAACCACUGGUCACCCGCACCUUGCAUCGGAGCCAUUCCCGCACAUCAGGCCCAGUUACAAUGGCCAACUGGACUAACGCUAAGCCCGCUAGACGGAUCAUUGCACUUUAUCGACGACAGGCUGGUCCUAAAACUCACCAGCGAUUUGAAGGUGCGGGUGGUAGCUGGGACACCUCUCCACUGCACCAGCAGUGCAAACGGCAAUAAUAACAACGAGCUAUUGAAGAUGAACUUAACCAGCACUCUGAAAAAAUUAGACGAAGUGCUUGGAUCGGUGUUGGCCGUCGGUUUCAGUCCAACCGGCGAACUAUACAUAGCGGAUCGUGAUUCUCAUCGUGUGAACUCCAUCAGGAUCGUCGAUUCGUCUGGGAAAAUGUCGCACUUUGCUGGUCAGCAGCAGGAGAGACUGCGUGGGCAAUGCGAGUGCAACAACACUACGCCCAGUAGCAAAGACAUCGACGCGUGCACUUGCACGGACGAUACCAGCAGCACGGAGACCCUUCUGUCGUCAAAUGUCAAGUUCACUGCGAUAUCCGCCCUGGCAGUGUCACCGGACGGCAUUCUGCACGUGGCCGAUCAGGGUAGCCUUCACAUCCUCGCCCUGCAGCCGUACUUGCCGAAUCAUGACGAGAGUGGCGAGUUCAACAUCCCAUUCCCACCUUCAAACGAAGUCUAUGUGUUCAAUCGUUACGGUCAGCACAUCUCCACAAAGGAUCUGACGUCCGGCAAGACUCGUUAUUCAUUCCUGUACAGCAAGAACACGAGCUUCGGCAAACUGUCUACAGUGACGGACAGUGCGGGCAACAAGAUUCAAUUCCUGCGUGACUAUAGCAGCGUCGUCAGCUCCAUUGAGAAUACGCAGGAUCACAAAUCUGAAUUGAAGAUUUCCGCGGUUGGAUUCCUCGAGAAGUUAUCGGAACGCGGUAGAGCGGAAAUCGCCCUCGGCUACGAUGGGUCUACGGGUUUGCUCACCAGUCGAUCAGGAGGGGAUGAAACGUACAUAUAUAAUUACGAUAGUCUGGGACGUGUCACCGAUGUGAUACUGCCGACAGGCGAGAAGCUAAAACUAUUGUCGGAUUUGUCUGAUGAGGAUGAUGGAUUGUUAGUAAAGGUGUCUGCACCACUGCAAGCUUUAUCGAAAGGUGACAAACAGCGAAUCGUGGAGUUCAAAAUGAAGAACGAGAAGUCGAAGAUGUUGACGAUCACUGACGGUACUAAGCUUCUGAAGGCCAUUGCGUUUACGAACAGCAGCCUGGAAGUAUUUCUACCUGGUGGUGGUCGACUACUGAGCGCGGCGAUGACGAAGCACCCACUACUGGAGGCAGCUCUACCAGUAGAAGCGGAAAUGUUGCCUAUGUGGAGCUACCAACUAAUGUCAUUGGGUGAACUGACAAACACCAUGACGACCACGUACAACCUAGUCGGAGACGUCAGCCACUUCCAACAGACGCUCAACAGGGAGAUCUGGGUGAACGACACGCGAGUGAUCGGAGUCGAAUUCGAACAGGCGUUUAGUCGCGAGACGUUCUACGACAAGGCAGGAACUCCUCUAUUGACGGUCACCUUCGAUCAGGCCGGCCUGCCGCUGGUCUGGCAGCCGCACGAAUUGGGCCACAACCUCAGCAUCACCUACGAUCGCUUCAAUAGAAUCGAGAGCUGGAAAUGGGGCGCUUCCGAUGAAUCCUACGGUUAUGACCGGCACGGCCAGCUGGCAGAGAUUACUAACAGCAAGGAUGGCACGAAACGUUACACCUAUAACGAUUUCAAUAUGCUAUCGAUGAUCACGCUUGCCAGCAACAGAAAAUUCGCGCUGCAAUACGACGACGAUGGCGGACUACGACACAUCAUUCUGCCAUCAGAAACCAAACAUUCCUUCUCCUGCCAAGCAUCUCUUGGUUUCCUGCGAGUCACAUACACACCACCCGGAAGUACCCGAGCUUACUUGCAACAUUAUAGUCACGAUGGGAAUCUGCUGCAGACUGUGUUCCCAGGUGAUGGAGCACGCAUCGUCUACAGAUAUCAUACCUCAGGCCAAGUGGCGGAAGUUGUGCACGGCGACGGCAAGAGCGAGAUCCGGUAUACCGAGAGCGGAUUACCCUCUGAAGUGAUACACACUGAGAGAGAUGUAGAAUACAAAUGGGACUAUCAGUACAGCGCGGGAUUGUUGGUAGAAGAGCGUAUCGAUUUUGGUGCGAAGACUGGCUUGAGUAACGCCAAGUUCACUUUCGAAUACGAUUCGAACUUCCGGCUGGUCGCGGUGCAGGGCAGAAUAGGCGGACAGACUUUACCACCGCACACGAUGGCCUACAGUCCUCGAUCAGGCACGUUGGAGCAGAUUGGCCAAUUUAAAGUCACCCGGCCUCAGCCCAAUGAGACGACCGUGUUCGACGGCACGGCGUUGUUCUUGCGCACCGUAGACGACCGGUUCUUAGAGACACAGGUCAUGGUGACGAUUCAUCGGAUGGAAGUAUUCAGGAUGGAAUUCACGCACGAUUCGCGGGGCCGCAUCAACCAGACGAGAACGUACACGCGCAACGUCGCGGUCAAUACGUACACCAAUGUGAAGAAUUACACAUGGGACUGUGACGGUCAGUUGACUGGCGUAGAAGCUCAAGAACCCUGGGGCUUCAAAUACGACGCGAACGGUAAUAUGCUAUCGCUCACGUACCGCGGCAACACGAUCCCAAUGGAGUACAAUGCCAUGGAUCGAAUAGUGAAGUUUGGCGACGGCAUUUACAAAUAUGACAACCGAGGCUUAGUGGUACAAAAUGCCAGAGAAGAGAGGUUCAAUUACAACGCUAAGGGACUUCUCGUGCGCGCCAUCAAACGUGGCCGCUUCGACGUGCGUUAUUAUUACGAUCAUCUGGACCGCCUGGCCACCAGGAAGGAUAAUUACGGCAACGUCACGCAAUUUUUCUACAACAAUCAGAAGCGGCCGCAUGAAGUGAGCCAAAUAUACAGCCCGCGUGACGGUAAAUUAAUGUCACUCGUCUACGACGACAGGGGACACCUUAUAUACGCGCAAGUGUACCGUCAUAAAUAUUACAUCGCCACUGAUCAGUGUGGUACGCCGAUAAUGAUCUUUAAUCAGUACGGAGAGGGCAUCAGGGAAAUUAUGCGAUCACCCUAUGGUCACAUCGUUUAUGAUUCAAAUCCCUAUCUUUACUUGCCGGUUGACUUUUGCGGUGGACUUCUGGAUCAGGUCACGUCCCUAGUUCACAUGCCGAACGGAAAAGUCUAUGACCCGCUAAUAGGUCAGUGGAUGUCGCCAAUCUGGGAGAACGUACUGGAUCGAGUGGAUAAACCGACGAAUUUGCACCUCUACAGAUUUAACGGAAACGAUCCGAUCAAUGUCAGGCAUACGAACAAACCGAAUCAACCAACCGAUCACAUAUCAUGGCUGACGCAUCUCGGAUAUGAUCUGAAGAGUCUAGCACCGCAACUGUUCCCGAACGAGCUGCCGGACAGCCUCGUACCGCAGGCAUUCGAUCCGGGCGCUUCCAUAUUUGGCAGAACGAAGAGAACGCGCAAUCUGGGCGUACAAUCCGGCUUCCUCGCAUACAUUGCCCAGAGACACUCGGGCGACGCGGUGAGCCUGUCGGCGCCGCCACGGUCCGCCCUGAAAAAGGACACCAGCGAACUGAUACCUAGCCGCUUGGGCGCUGCGUCGGAUCCACCGUUCGGCAAGGGUAUCCUGGUAUCGAGAACCGCCGAUGGCCAGGCAGUGGUGUCCAGCGUGCCGACGGCGAACGCGAUCUACGGCGACGUUUUCACGUCCGUGUUCAAUCGCUCGUACUUCCUACCGUUCACGUUCGUCGUGCAUAGCGCGCAGCAGGAUGCUUUCUACUUUGUGAAGGAGGAGACGUGGCGAGCGAGCGAGGAUCGUGGACAGCUGAAGCGGCUGGGCGGCCAGGUGAACACUACGUUCCACGAGAACGAGAACGGCAGCGGCAGCAGCUCGCUAAUCGACGUGAAGAUACACGGCGCCAGCUACGUGGUGAACCUGCGCUACGGCACCACGGCGGAGAAGGAGAAGCAGCGGCUGCUGCAUCACGCGAAGACGACCGCCAUCAGAAAAGCGUGGCACCGGGAACGCGAGGCGCUCAAGCUGAACAUCCUCACGUCGGUCGAGUGGAUGAUCGCUGAACAGGACGAGAUCAUGAAAAACGGUCUCGCGUCCAACUACGAGGGCGAGUACAUACACGACGCGCAGCAGUACCCCGAGCUCGCGGAGGACCCAUACAACAUCAGGUUCGUGAAGAAGUCCGUCGAUCAGUCGAGCAAGAAGCGACGCAGGAGGAGAGGUGCGUCGCCCUGCAAGCUCUGGUGGAUAGACAAGAUGUGCUAGAGUGAGGUCGACGUCGUCUAUUUCGUCGUCGUCAUUGUCAUCGUCAUCGUUGGCGUCGACACCGAGCGUCAGUAAUCGUAUCGUACCCCCGCCCCCGCGUGCGUGGGGACAUUGUCCAGUACGUCGAUGCCUGCGGGAAGUUUCGAGUGAACGACACACCCGGAGCGAGCGAAGGAUGAAUGAGAAGUCGACGAGAGGGAUAAGAGGGAUAAGAGAGAGAGAGAGAGAGAGAAAAAAAAAGAGGGAAGAAAGAGGAAGAGAGAAAAGCCGAGCGAGCCGCUGCGUAGCACGCAGCAGCAGCGCAGCGUCCGUAUAUGCGCACCGCAUAUAUAAACGUACUGAACACUAUCAAAAAAGUUUUAUACCAAAGUCUAUUUGUGUAUUUCGAAGAUGCCAAAAACACUAUAACGUUAUAUUAUAUAUAUAUAAUAUAUUAUAAAUAUAUACAUAUAUAUAUAUUAUAUGCCGCGAGAUAUAGGGUACAUAGUGCGUAAGAGCGUUUAAGGGUACACGCGCGGGGGAACGCGGGUUUCGCCGAGUAUAUUUCGCUCCACGGACCAGCUGUGCGACCGGUCUGCGACCGAUUUUCGCAGAUCCGCGAAAGCCUUACGAACGACGGCGACUGCGAGGGAAGAGAGACUGGAUCGGGAGAGGGUGUGUGUGGCCUGGUUCCGAACUACGAAAGGGAAUACUGCGAGAAUCUUCUCAAAGAUAUGUACGGUGCGACGCAGAACUUGGAGAACAUUACUGCCAGUUUGAACUCGACUCCAAGGAGCCUGGCUGUGUUCGCGUGAAGCAAGGCCGGCAAGCUCGUCGCGAGUUUGUGCUCGAGGCCUAAAGUAAAACAUGGCAAACCGUGGUACCGUGACGACGCGCCGCAUCGACGCGAGAUAACUAUAUAGGCAAAUUGCGAAGAGCGAAACGAGGGAAGAGAAGAGAGCCGAAGUCGAAGAGCAGGCCAUUCGUCGUUGAGGGCGACUCGAGUGAGAGAAACUAGUCAAUACAUAGCUUUACAUCCACCUAGUGGUCCUCUUCAGCGGAGAUUCAUGCAGAGUAAAUGCGAGAAGCACGUGAAUCGCAGAAGGACUGUUGCCAUUGGCAUGAUCAUGAUGAAUUGGACGAGUUUGCCUGGCGCGGUCGUCCCCGUUCGAUCCGCGCGAUAUUUUAACGUCGUACUUAGAAGAAGCGCGGUGGAAAUGCGGUACUCACAACGGCGGACGCGGUUGUUGGAAAGCAGCGGAAAGAACGCAGAACGCGCGGCACGUGUCUCAACAAUGAAUGGCCCCGUGAGAAGCGGAUGCGGACUGAGGAAGAGGAAUCGUAGACGAGAGACGAUCCUCUCGGUGUUCUUCAGGAGAACUGAGAAUGGCGAUUGCGCGGUCUCGAGCUUGAAUUCCGUUCGCGGCUUUAGACAGUUAAGGACGAGACGAAUUUGUAUUAUAAAGUGGUGCUUUUCUUGUACGAGAAUGAGAGAACGAGCGCGUGAGAGAAUGAGAGAAUGGGGAGAAUGCGAAAACUACUGAGCGAGUGAUAACUCUGCGACAAAGAGCGUGCAUGAAGACGUCAGAUACCAAUAGCGAGACUAAACGUAUUUUUAACAUGUGAUGUGUCCUAUCCGUAGCGUUAAGCGUUCCCGAUCGCCGCUAAUCGGCGAUCCGCAUCGCGUGCGAGUGUGUGCAGGAACAGAUAAGUCGUUCUGUCGGGAUCGACGGCGGGAAAUCCUCCCCUGUGAACCAUUCCCGGGGGAUCGCGGAAGCAGGAGCGCCGGAUGUUCGCGAGCCGACGUUCACGUAAGCCGGACACAAAGGGAAGAUGAAGGAGGGAGAGAGAUGGACUAAUUGUCGGUAAAUAAUACGUAUACAAGUAUCGCAUAUUUGUGCUUGCUGGAUAUGAACGUAACGAAUGUCAACUGUGUUUCCUCUCACCGGGAGUACUAAGUAUGUGUGUCUCCGAAAUUAUUACCCCGAUAAUCCCACCACCUUCCCACGCGCCAAGUUCCGAUCAUUUCGCCUGCUAUGCGCGCGCGCGCGCGUGUGUAUGCGUGUACCGUGUGCGCCAAUGGCCCGUGCAUCGGAACCCAUGUGCAUCGAAAUCCCCUUAUCACCAGAAGUCCCUCUCGUAUCACUGCCCAUCCCUGUUUCCACCCUCCAUUCUCCUGGCGAAUCCUUCUCCCUCUCCCCGUCUCCCCAGUCCUGUGACGAUCCCGGAUCUAUCGAUCCAUCGCGCGUAUUGUUUGCUCGUGUCUCCACGAACGCGUUCGUACUCGCCAUUGAUAUUUUGCAACGCGGCUUUAGAGACGGUGCCGUUUAUGGAUAUAGCUAGUGGCACAACGACAUUGCUGUCUGAAUAGAUGAAGGAAAAA